GGGUAAGGCCCAAAUGGUAGCCAAGGGUGUUUUGCAACACUGUUUUGGUUCGGUCACUGGAACCAGUUCAAAAUUGAUGCUCUAAGCUUAAAGUUUUGUUUAUUUGUUAACAUUAACUAUUUCUGUUAUUUCUUUAAGUUUACCGUUCUAAUAUUUUUAAAAUCAACUCGCUAUUAACUGUUUUUUGUUACCCAUAAAAAAAGAACCCCUUUGGUUCCAGUUCAGUACCGGUUCCGCUUUUGAAGUACAGUUACAAUCAAGCGUCUUGUAGGACUGAGUGCAAAAGUCAAAGUUAUUAUAAAUUUUAGUCAAAUGCAUACAAUUUAGGAUAAAAUUAGUUUCUUAGCCAUACAGCGCGAAAUUGACGUAUGGGAAGGUCAAAGAUGGCAUGGAGCAGCAACGUUCGCUUGUUCCUAAAGCUCACAUCGCAGCGUUGUCAGCUCUUGAGUGUGGGCUCCAAAUCAGAGACUUCUGGGGGGCAGAAGCCGGGAAUCUUCGAGUCUGACAUCCUGGCGAGUGCGUCUAACGCCCGGCACGUGGAGUGCCUGUUCGCCAAAUGGAUUAAGAACAAAAGCUCGAUUCGCGGGCAUUUCUUCCAGGAGUUGGUAAAAGAAGAAGUAGACACUCCGAAGCUGUUCCAUCCCAGUCCCAAGGAUCCCAAUAUUAGUGGUGUAUUCUUCAGUGCCUGUGACGAGCUUAAGUAUCUCCCCACCGGUACUGAAGGAUCCGUCGAGCACUUUGGAAUCGGACUUGAAUACUUGUGUGGUUCGUCCUCAAAAAGUGGACAUGGAGGUCCUUUCACUUUCAACGGAAAUCAGGACAUCUGGCAUUUACGACCAUACGAAAGUUGGCAGAAAACUUCCCGGCUCUGUUUUAACGACAAAAGGAGUGGUAGAUCCGUUUUCCAAAAACAUGACUAGGAGAAUGUCCCAGAAAAAGCCGCCAAAAGAACCUGCGCAAUCAUCUUUGUCGGCAGAUAAGAAUUUGAUGGCUUCAAGAAGACCCAAACAUGCGCGCAACAAAUUUCAAAAGAGAUACGGCUCCUUUGAAACAUUUCUAA